AUGUCAAACCCAAAGUACGACAAGACCCUGUCUUACUUUGAUUCUUCAAUUGGAGUCAACCCUGUGGUGAACAAACUUCCUCACAGCUUACAGCAAAAAUGGAUCACUCACGCAUCAACAUAUAAAGAAAACCAUUCUGUACCAUUCCCGCCAUUUCACUUUUUCGUGAGCUUUGUGAAAAAGUUCAGUGUUAUAUACAAUGACCCGAGUUUCAUCUACGAAACCCAGAAGACGAAGGAACCAAGUCAACAUAGGACUCGUGAUAUCCUGUAUCAGAGAGCAACAACCAAUGGUCGCGUAGCAGCCGCUAAAACAGGAAUUCAGGAUGAUAGUGAAUCUAGUGUGUCGCGUGAUAAGUGUUUAAUGCAUAAUGGUGCUCCGCAUUCUCUUGCAGAUUGCAAAAAAUUCAAGUGUAUGUCUGAAGAAGAAAAGCAAAAGUUUCUGUUUGAAAAUAAAUUGUGUUAUCAGUGUUAUUCUGGAGAUCAUCAGGCCCGUAAUUGUAAAGAUUCACAGAAGCAGCAUGGUGGGGAGAGACAGUAUUCAUCUGCCGGGAGAAAUGACAGACAAUCCACAGAUCAAAAGCAGAAAGUUGCUAGUAAAUGUACUGAAAUUUGUGGUGAUGAUAUUGUUGGAAAAUCUUGUGCUAAGAUAAUGCUUGUACAUGUUUACACUAAAGAUAAUCCAGAUAAUUAUGUUCAAUGUUAUGCUACUGUUGAUGAGCAAAGUAAUAGGUGUCUAGCAAAACCAGAAUUGUUUCAGUUACUUAAUAUAACUGGAAAAUCUGUUGAAUAUACAAUGUCUUCAUGUAAUGGUAUUUCUGUCAAAUCUGGUCGAGAAUUAGACAAUUUGGUUGUUGAAUCUAUUGACAGAAGUGUACAGUUUGAUCUUCCCACUGUUAUAGAAUGUCAGGACAUACCUAGUAAUAGGAAUGAAAUUCCUAUCCCGAGUGUGGCAGCCAAUCACCCACAUUUGUCAGAUAUAGCUCAUUUAAUCCCAGAAAUAGAUAGCAAUGCAAACAUGCUGUUAUUGCUUGGCCGAGACAUCACAGACAUGCAUCACGUCUUAGAUCAACGCUUAGGACCGAAAGGCUCCCCUUUUGCACAGCGUCUGCCCCUUGGUUGGGUUGUAAUAGGCGAAGUCUGCUUAGGAAAUGCUCACAUAGUCCCAGAUGUCAAUGUUAAGAAAACAUAUGUUGUGGGUGACGGGCGAGCCUCGCUUCUUCCGCCAUGUAAUAGCAAAAUACAUGUGUCCGAAUCUAAGGAUGAGUUUGUGUCUGAGUGCAGCUCCACGUAUGUAAUAGACAAUGGUAGAUAUACUCUGUUUAGACCAUGUACAUUGAAUGUUGAUCGUAAUCACGUGCCAGCAUAUGAUUACGAUUUUGUGUUCGCUCUUGAUGUCCGUCAUGAUGACAAAGCGUCUAUGUCAGUAGAUGACCGUAAUUUCCUGUCCAUUAUGGACAAAGAGUUUGUCCUUGAUUCAAAUGAUAGGUGGUCAGCCCCCCUUCCCUUCAAAACACCUAGGCCUAGACUCCCUAACAACAGAUCCCAAGCUCUUCUUAGGGUUAAAAGUCUUCAGACUAACUUGAGUAAACACCCCCUUAAAAGACAACAUUUCGUUGAUUUCAUGGGCAAUUUGCUUGCUAAUGGUCAUGCUGAAAAAGCACCUGAGUUAGACAAUGCUACAGAAUGCUGGUAUUUACCCAUCUUCGGGGUCUAUCACCCGAAAAAGCCUGAUAAGAUAAGGGUGGUCUUUGACUCGGCAGUACAAUAUGAGGGGGUUUCAUUGAAUUCAGUACUACUGCAAGGCCCUGAUUUGACCAAUAGUCUUCUCGGUGUUCUCCUUAGAUUUAGAUGUGAGUUAGUUGCAGUCUCGGUAGACGUAGAACAAAUGUUUUACUGUUUCGGUGUUCAUGAGAAUGAUAGAAAUUACUUGAGAUUCUUUUGGCAUGAGGAUAAUGACACUUCAAAGCCUCUUAUAGAGUAUCGUAUGAGAAAGCAUGUAUUCGGCAACAGUCCGUCCCCGGCUAUAGCUACCUAUGGGUUAAGAAAGGCCGUAGAGAAAUCUGAUAGCGAUGUAGUUCAGUUUGUAGAGAGAGAUUUCUAUGUAGAUGAUGGGUUGAGGUCAUGUAGUACUGUCUCAGAGGCAACUGAUUUGCUUCAACGCACUCAGUCAAGCUUAGCUAAAUCUGGCAUUCGUCUUCAUAAGAUUGCGUCUAAUGCACCUGACGUCAUGAAAAACUUCUCAAAGGAGGACUUGGCUUCGGAUUUGAACCAGGUUGAUUUUGACCUAGAUAGUCUCCCUACUCAGCGCAGUUUAGGAAGGUAG